GGUCCACGGCGCAGGAUCUCGUCUCUUCGUCAUUUUUACACGACUCGUAUUCGACUCGAUUUUUUUUCUCGAGGAGAGGCCUGAAGAAAGUGAAUCUUCCCGGUGUGGGUCAGUCAUUCGGAUUACCCCGUGUCUUUCGAAUUGACACGGCAGACCCGACGCGAUGUCGUCGACGGUUCGGGAGAGCUCGCACACGAGCAGAAAGAUCGUGACUCAUGGCGGACCUAUAUCCGGACAGAAUUAUUCGGCCAACACGACGAACAGCCUCGAGAACAAUUUGGACGCGCUGCUGGAGGACCUUCAGACCAGCGUCUCCAGGAGCGCUACUCCCAGCAGAGGACGCAUCCAGCCUCAGGUCGAAUAUAGAGUCGCUGCGAACCCCACCAGAGUCCUCUCCGAAGGCCGACCCACCUCACCGACUCGAACGACCACGACCACUACCGAGAAAUAUGUCACCACGGGGCUCAGCGGCGAGCCGAGCGGCAUUCCCGGCCUGGAGAUGCUCGACAAGGAGCUCCAAGACGUGCAGCCCGGCCAGAGCAAAACGGUGGCGUACAAGCAGGUGUCCUACCAGUACAACAAGAGCCUCGAUGGGAAACCAGUCGACUCGUGGGCUAUGUCGGAGAAUGGCCUGAACAGCUCCGGACUGCCCUUGGUGGAGGAAAUUCACGAAACCAGCUACGAAGAGGCGAGGCCACGAAGACUUCGGUCUCCGGAGCCUCUCACCAAGACUGCCACGGUCAGCAGAGAAUUGCUGUACAGCGACAGCUCGUCGACGUCGCCUCUGCCCAGCACUAAACAAAAGGACGUGAAAUUCAUCCACGAGUCGAGUUACCAUGUGGAGCCAAGGCCAGCGCAGAGCACGGUGACGACGGUGCAGACGAACGCGUCCCAGGAAUACGGGAACGUGGAGUACGUCCCGGUGCCAUCGCCAGCAACGGCGGUGCCCAUCAACCUGGCACCAGGACCCAACACGAAAGUGACGACCACGAUCAAGACCUACACCUACGAGCUGCCCGGGGCACCUGAGACCUACCUCUCAGGUGGCAACCUAUCAAAGGGAGUCGACCAGACGAUCACCUACACCUUGCCGAGGGGGUCCGAGAAAACCAUCGCGUAUCAGACGUCAAGCGAUUCCGGGUUAAGGCCGGUCAGUCCAGUCACGAAUGGUAGCACGUCCCCGGCAGACAUGACGAAAUCGACGACGCUUCACAAAGAGUCAAAGUACUACGUGGAGGAGCACGACUACCAGCCCGGGAGGCCGGUGAGUCCAGUGAGGCCCUCGGGAACACCCUCGACCAGCGUGGAUUUAAAGGCCACCGUGACCAGGAACGAAAGGUACUACCAAUACAACUACCCCAAUGGAUAUGGACCAGGGACGGAUAGGGUGGACCAUAGCAACCAGGUCGCGUAUCCCGGCCCGUCCCCGGUCAUCAAAGAGACCAAGUCCACCACCAUCGACAGAGUCGAGGAGCACUAUCCCAGCAGACCCCCUUCCGCUGGGAGACACCCGACCCCUGAUGGGUCCCACAGGACGACCACCAAUUAUUAUCCCACCCAGCAGUCGAGCAGCUCCGUUUACAAGUACUCGAACACCACUAGCACCAUACCGCCCAGCAGGCAUCCCGACGACCACGAAGUCCUCCUUCCAAAACCUUUCCCCACGGGCGGGGUUCAGGUUUAUCCCCCGAAGUCGACCUCCAACGGCCAGGGACCUCCGGCCAAACUGGAGGACCUCAUGGCCUCGUUCUCCGAUUCCGAGAGAGAGGUGCUGGCCGACAUUUCGAAGCAAGAGCAGGUCCAGAAACGGGGCGAGGGCCCGAAGAAGGAAGUGGACUUUGUGGCACACACGCCACCUAAAGUGAAGACAAAGAAUGUCCCUGGACCUCCGGUGUACUAUCCUCCAGGAUCGGGCGAAUUCUCGAAAAAGGAAGAAUCCAGCGCGUCCAUGUCGCAAUCAGGAGGUGGAUGGCAGAAGGCCAGUGGAAAAUACGAGUACGAGGCUUCCAGCAAAAGCAAGAGCAAAAGCAGCAGCGGAAAGGCCGUCGUUCCUGUCUGCUUGCCACUUUGCUGCGCCCUUCCGUGCGUAAUCAUGUAACAUAUUACGCACACUCGGCUACCGGAUUAAAACGAUUUAAUCGCGGUGUCUAUAUUGCCUGUAAUCGUUGAUCGGCUGAAAAUGAAAACGGAGUAAUCGGCGCGAAAGGCUAAUGUAAUAUAUCGUUUAGGCCUUCGGCGAAGCUGCACUUUCGAUAACCGGUCGUAUGGUAGGUAUGCACACUUGAUUCUCUGCAUAUUUAUGGGGUCAGGCCCUUUCCCCAUAAGUAAGAGUCUAAACGAAAACCGAGUAAGUGCCUGUAUACGCAUGUACAGUUUUCCUUUCCUCCUAAAUCGCUCCUUAUUUAUGCCAUGCCAGUUAAGUCCUGUUAUUUAAAUAAUUUCUAUAGUGUAUCUUCCGCGAUACGCGCUAAAUAUCAUUACCGCUGUAACUAAUACUUAAUUGUCUUAAUUAAAUUACUGUCAUGCCUUUGUCUAUCGAUAAUUUAGAGUAGCGGUGCUGUACUUGUGUAUUUAAUGCUAAACCUUUAAUUCAGAGGCGUAUAUAAAGUUACUCUUUUAUUUUGGCAUUGUUACGUGACAGUGGCCUCACUUCGAUAUGUAUAUUUCAAUUGCUCGUACCCUGUCGCAGCCAUUUUGUUUAAGAUUAGGAAACAUUUUACUGUCUAUCGAUGGAUGAGAGUUUGGAGCAGUUGCAUGUCGUGCAGUUGAAUUCUCAAUCAAACUUUUAUAGUGAUCUUACUAAUAACGAUACUUCUCAUUACUAAAUAAUUAACUCGAUUAGAAUUCAAUUUCAAUGUUAGUCGCCUCGGGAGGGGGACUGAUAUGGAAUUCAGUAAUUCUAAGGCAAACCCGUGAAUUUUGGUGCUAUAAUAAUUUUAGUCACUGAUAAUCUUAAGUAAUGCUAUACAUAUGACGUACAUUAAUAAAUGUAUAAUGUAAGGGAAACAUGUAUCGAUUAUUAGCUCUAAUGAUUUAUACAAACGAUAUAGUACCUUGCUGUACAAUGUAAGUCGUGUAGGCCUUGAUUUGCCCUGACGAUAUGUUUUAGAGUAAUUAUAAACUGGUUUGUUUCUAAUCAAUUGUAGUCACGUAUGCACAGCUUUUGGUAACGAUUAUAUUAUGUUAUACAAAAUAUGAGUAACUGAGAUAAAAACAAAAUGUUCUUA